UACUAUGUUUCGAAGGAUUUGAGAAGAGAAUAUAGAACAGAUCUCCCAAUAUUUUGCUGCUGCAUGUUAAGAAUGUAGUUCCAGCUGCAGAUUGAAGAGGUCGUGGGUCACACAGCUGAGGCCUGAAGUAACAUCGCCGCGGAGAACAUGUCAACGAUUUGUUUGGGGCUGCAUUAGGAUAGUCGUCAGGCUGGCGCUGGAGUGAACAUGAGUUGGCGCGUGAGGUACUUUUUAGCGGACGACACUCGACAAUCUACACUGCGUGAUAGCCCGCAAUUGCGUGACUACCAGGGCGAAAGCCCGGUGAAAAUGGACGGAUAUUGGACUGAUCAGUGGGAUUUUGAUGAUGGCCGAAUAAGCUCGAAUGGCCAUUUGGUGACCUUGGGGAAGAGACUGAAUGAAAUGUUUCAGGCGUCUGACUAUUGUGACGUUACACUGACGGCAGAGUCCUCUUCGUUCAGGGUCCAUAAAAUUAUCCUUGCAGCCAGCAGUGAUUAUUUUAAUGCUAUGUUUUCGUCUUCGUGGAAUGAAAUAUCACGCGAUUGCAUUGAAAUGAAAGGCGUCUCCCCCAAAGGUUUGGCGGCCAUUUUGGAUUUCGUCUACACCGGUGGGUUCAAGGUCACAGGUGCAGACGUCAGUGAAAUUCUUGAAGCUGCCCGACACUGCUUGAUGAGUGACGUUACCACCCUAAUGGAAAAGUAUCUUAUCAAAGUGGUAGAGGUGGGUUUUUCAAACUAUUUGACGAUGUCUGAAAUCGGGAAGAAUUUUGACCUUCAUGAGUUGCUGUCUGAGUGUGAACCGUUUUUCAAAGAAGCUGAUAUCUGCCUUGAGAACUUCUUGCAGUUCUUCGAGUUUGCUAAACGAAGGACAUCUUCCAUCUACGUUCUGCAGAGGGCUUUGCUGUUCACGUUGCAGUCCUUGGCUGAGUUGAGUACAGCUGAACGGGAACGCCUGAGCGCGAUGCUGGAUCAAGAUGACUUUAACAUGUUACUCACCGUCACAAACCGCCAGGGUAUCUUCACUAGCCUUUCUCUGGUCCAAUUUCUUCUCGAUUGGGUGGAGUUUGAUCAUGAGAUAAGGACCGAAUAUCUCCCAGAUCUGUUUACUAAAAUCAACCUCUUAACAUUUGACGAUGAGGAACUAGAUUCGCUAUCCAAAAUGCCCGUCAUUAAAGAUUGUGAAAGCUGCAAAUCAAAAAUCAUGGACGCCCAGGAAUACCUUUUGAAAGUGGCAACGGAAGAACAACAGGUUGACUCAUUUCUCGUCUCUUUUUCUGGACACGAUAUUGAAAUGCGUUGCCUUAGUCCCACCUACUUGACAACCAUGAAAAAUGUCUUGCCAAUGCCAGAUCUUCCCGUCAAAGCAAGCGAAUUGAAUGAGGACUCAUUCGUCACUGUCCUUGACAAUAUUCUCUUCGUGCUAGGGGUGGGGUGGCUGGAGAAGGUUAAGAUUGGUGACUACACGGGUGACGCAAGCUGCUGCUACAGCUUCGACCCCGGACGCAACACUUGGAAACAACUCAAGCAUCUACCCGCCGCAAGAACAGGAAACAAACUCGUUGCUGUCGGCAAUGAUAUCUACUCAAUCGGAGGGAAAACGAUCACAAACAAGAUGAUAAACUUAACUGACUACUACAGCGUUUCGAAUGACGAAUGGACUAGUGCGACACCUCUGCCGUACAGUUACUCGUGUCCUCUCGCCGCGGCCUUGAACGGCAGUAUCUACGUCAGCUUCGCAAGAUCUGGCGACAAAAUCGUCUUGAACGAUUUCUUCCGCUUUGAACCAGCUGGGACGGUGUGGACAAAAAGGGCGUUAGUACCCAUGGGUGGCUACCAAGAACUGGUGCCGUCCGGGGACCGCUUGUACCUGAUCGGCACCAAAGAAUUUCCCUUGAGUGGUCAAAACAACCUGAAAGUAAGCUGCUACAACCCGGGUACAAACCAGUGGACCUUUCUUCAACAGUUUUGCCGUGGUCAUGCCGGUAUGUUUCGUAAAGUGCAGGCGAUAUCAGACCAGGAAACAACGUAUGUAGUCGCUGAUUUUGAUGAGGGAGAGGAGGAUGUGGAUGCAGAGGUUGACCCGAGUUGGACCAGAGUUCACAUCCUCGACACUGUUUCCAAAAAGCUCGCGCUGAGGCAACACUACCAGUGGUUCCCGCGUGACGCGAUGUCGUCUGCCAUCCUCCGCGUUCCCCUGAGAACAAUACAGGCGCAUCUAACUAUCGACAGCAAGCAAGAAAGUGAAAUAAUGGACAGUACUGAAAGGGAGACUAUAUAUAGGCAAAGGCCAGGUUGGCCAGACUAAGUUACACACACCAGAGUCUUCAUCGUUGAAAGAGACUCUGGUCACACGAACCCUGAUAGGAGCUCAAGUGAUGAUGUUGCAGCAUCUUCGUUUCUAUGUCUACAUGAAGGUGGCACUGGGGUAAAGCGAUGGUGUUUGUGUAAUCAUUUACUCAAUCUUGACACUAGAGGCGCUGAUUUCGUUCCUCUUGUGACAAUUUCGUUACUGGGGCGAGUUUGAUCAUUUACUCUAAUUUUUUACACAAACAAUCAUCCCGUGGACUUAUUAUCUUGGCAUUUCCACAGAGAAUGUGUGAAAUAAGUUCUGAUGUUUCUCUAUGGUUUGAAA